AUGGCUGAGGGGAAGUGGGUAUCUUGGAAUGUUAGAGGACUUGGAGGAGCUGAGAAACGAAGAGAGGUUAAAGAUGCAAUUCGUAAGGAUAAUCCUGAUGUGGUGUUGUUACAAGAGACUAAAUUGGGGCCUCAUCGUUUAAAGGUAAUAGAAACUUUUUCUCAAUUCCUCAACAUGAAUUUUGAUGUCAUCCCUGCAAAUGUUUUUGCUGGUGGCUUACUAUCACUAUGGAAAUAUACUGUUAUUAUGGUGGAAAAUGUGAUCAAGAUCAAGAGGUUCUUGGGGCUAUGGGUCAAAUUCAACACAGUAGACUGGCAAGGGCUGAUAGGUAAUGUAUAUGGCCCUAACUUAGAGGAAGAAAGAUCACCCUUCUUUGCGUCAAUGUCUGACAUAAUAGCCACUGUGGGUGAUGGCGUUUGCUUGCUUGGGGGGGAUUUCAAAGCGGUUAUGAAUCAGGGAGAAAGGAGUGGUAGCCCUAAUGUUGUAGAUGCAAACUUCUACAACUUCGUGGGAAGCCACAAUCUGAUUGAUCUACCACUUCAAAACUCCCGAUUCACUUGGUACAACUCUAGAGAUGAUGGUUUGUGGUGUCGUAUUGAUAGAUGA